AUCGAAUCAAUGAAAUUAAAGAGGAGCAUGCUUUAAACAGAACAUGUUUGUUAGAUUAGUCUUUUUUCCCAUUAUUGCCACCUUCAUGACACAUUUGUGAUUUGUCAAAAACUACCUUAAGUUUUUGAACCAUUAUUAUUCUCUUUCUUCAAACAUCAAGAGAAGCAGAAAAUCAUAUUUCCAGUCCUAAUUUUUUUUUUGAAAAAAAAACACACCUCUAAUCCUCCAUCAAUGGGUUCUCUCUGGAAUAUUUCUUCAAUUCAAGGAUACACAUAUUCUUAAAUGUUGACCUUUGAGGAAGAACUUCAAUAGGUGGAAAUUCAUCUGAGAAAGUUCUUCCCAUUUCUCUUGUGAGUCUCAAAGUCAAUCCAGGAUUUUCAUCUUCCAGAUUCUACUAAAGGCCUAAAAGCUAUCCAAAGACAGCUUCAUAAAUUAAUUGCCAACAAAUAAUUCAGCAUACAUAUUUUUUUGAGCAUGUCCGGCAACAAGGUGAAGGGCCUUCUUAAAGGCCUAAGAUACAUAUCUCAGAUAUUUGAAAAUGAUAAAGACCAAGAUAUACAAAUUGGAUACCCUACAGAUGUAAAGCAUGUGGCCCAUAUAGGAUGGGAUGGGCCUUCUGUAAAUACUCCCAGCUGGAUGAACGAAUAUAAAAGUUCUCCAGGAUUUGCAUCAGCACCCUUAAAUCUAAAUGGGGAUGCUCAAAAUAAAGGACAAGAUAACUCAGUCAAAUGGAUCUCCGAAGAUUCAAGGAGAAGUCGUCCAAGGUUAGGUCAAGGUGAGGGUAUGGGUAGGGACUUGCCAGAUUUGCCAAAAGGAUCUAGAAGGCAAUCAACAGGUAACAUGACAGAUUCUCCCUCAAGGGAAAAAUCAAGGCAAUCAAAAAAAUCAUCCCACAAAUCAUCAUCACUCAACAAGGAGCCCCAAGGAGAAGGGUCACCAGCACCAGACAUUCCCAAGAAAACUCGUAGAAAGAAGUCAAAAGAAAACUCUGGUAGUGGUGGUGGGUCAUCCAAGUCAAGAUCCAAAGGAGCUCAACACCAAGAUCCAAGUCAGGAUUAUGGAUCUGCAUCUCAACCUGUAUCUGAGUCUAGAAUUAGUUAGGCUGUUGUAUAGAUAAUUCUUCAAGCUAGAAAACCUUCCUAAUCCUAUCUUGUUUUUCUUUCCCAACUUUGUGUUUCUUUGUGAUUUUCUUAACUUGAUUAAUCUUUUUUUGUUUUCCUUUUUCCCAUAGAGAGAGAGAGUCUUGUAUUAUUUACCCAUUACUGAUAUGUAAUUACUAAUUAGAGCAACUUGUUCA